UUUGUCCAAAUGUAUUUUACCAAUGUGUAAUUCAUGUGUGUAACUUCGCACACCAUAAAAUGUGUGGUAUGAUCCCAUAUAGUGCCCGGAUGUGGGACUAGCUGAUAAAGCCACGAUUCAGUCAGGAAGGGGAAACCGAAACUUAACUUUUACAAGGUUAAUCAAUUACCUCUACAGCCUUUCUGUUCUUUAGGCAGAGAUCGAUUUUGUUGAAAAUCUUAACAAAAAAGCUUAACUCAACGUCGAAGAAUGCAUCAGCAAAGUUACUACACACCGAAAAUACCAUUUACUGGUACCAUCAAGGGUGGUCUUCGCGAGGGAAAGACAAUUACUGUCACUGGAAGAGUGCUGCCUGGUGCGGAAAGAUUUAAUGUGGACUUUCAGUGCGGCUCAGACGUAGCCCUCCACUUCAACCCACGAUAUGGCGGAUUUGGCGGAUCCUAUGUGGUGUGUAACACGCGUCAAGGAUCAAGUUGGGGUAGAGAGGAGCGAACGCAACCAUCACCACUUCCUCUCGGGGCCAACUUCACCUUGGUAUUCAUGACCAACCACGAUUCCUAUUCUAUUGUUGUGAAUGGUGCCCAUUUCAUGGAAUACAAACACCGCAUCUCUGCUUCCAGUGUCGGAAACAUUUUUGUUAACGGCGGAGUGGAAAUACAGUCAAUUGCUUUUCAGAAUCCCGCUUUAAGCCAUCCAAACCCUGUGAGUGCUCAGAGUUACAGGGGAAGAAAUAAAUCACGAUCCAACAAAGCUGCCUGUGCGGCUGCUUUUGCGCCACCUUCUUUCUCUUCUUUUACCAUGGCACCUCCACCUUACAGCCCUUCUCCAUCUUACAUUGUUCCAUACAAGACUGUUAUUCAAGGCGGAUUGUAUCCUGGGAAGACCAUCACCAUCCAAGGCAUUCCAAUCCAACCAGCUAACGGGUUCAUCAUAAACCUGCGUUCAAACUCGGGAAUAGCCAUCCACUUCAACCCCAGGUUCAAAGAGAAUACCGUGGUGCGCAAUAGUCACAUGGAUAAUAAGUGGGGGUCCGAGGAAAGGUCCGGUGGGAUGCCCUUUCACUGUGGACAGCCAUUCACGGUGGCAUUUGUGUGUGACACCCAAUGCUUCAGGAUCAUUGUCAACAGUAUCCAGAUGUUCACCUACAACCACCGUCACUUGAGCCACCAGCAGACUGACAUUGUGGAGGUCACUGGGGAUGUGAGCCUGUCCUCUGUGCAAGUUUGAGGUCUAUGCUGAACCACAGCACCCUUUGAAAUCCUUGGUGUUGUAUCCCUACUUAAUUACCUUACAGCUGAAUCUUACGUAGUCCUGCUAGGUCAUAUGUGAUGGCAGCUCUUUAGGAAGAAAGUGUAUAUCUGUAGAAAAUUAAUUGAAAUUUAAAUGGAAUCAUUAUCUAUUAUUUUCUUGUCAAUCCAUAAUUAUUUCAUCCUAUACUCAAACAAAGCCGAGCUGCUUGAAUUUUUGCGCUAGCAGUAGUAUAAAGUCACCCAACGGCAAUGUGAAAGACUGGUGGAGAGCAUGCCAAGACACAUGAAAGUGUAUCAAGGUAAAUCAAGGUUAUUCCACCAAAUAUGGAUUUCUGAACUCUUCCUAAGUUAAAACAUUAGUAUUGUGCUGUUUAAAAAUGAAUUUGAGCUUGUUUUCUUUGCAAGAAAACAAGAUGUACAGUACUCAAUUCAAUAUUACAUUUAAUAGAGAAAAUAGAUAGUCUUUGUUGUUGUUGUUGUUUUUUUACAAAGGUUAAUCGGACAUGACACCACUUGUAACUCUACAGUAUUUAAUUUUAGAUAAGAACGAGAGAUGUUGUUCUUGCAAAUCUGUAGGAAAUCAUGUCAGUCUGAAUAGAAUGCCUUUACAGUUUUCCCCCCCCUUGGACUAUUAGUCAUGGUGGGUUAACGUAAAUGGCCUCUAGGGGGCAGUGUAUGCUUAUUUGUUUAGAACGUGCCAGUAACCCAGGUAGGCCGAUACGCUAAAAUAUGAUCCGUUUUAGGAUUCCCUAAUGGACAUGUUUUUCAUACAAUGCAUGCUUGUAUAUUUGAAUGCAGAUUUCACAGGCAUAUAAAGUUGGCCAUUGUCAUAUAUUUCAAGAUAAUGAACAUUUCCAAGUGUACUUGCAUAUGGGGAAUAAUAUAAUAAUUUGUUACAGUAAAUCAUUCACUGGAAAACGUAAA